AUGCACAUCCGUGAAAUUGUUCUUGAAGGUUUCAAAUCCUAUGCCACUCGAACAACCGUAGGCCCCUUUGAUGAAUAUUUCAAUGCUAUAACAGGUUUAAAUGGCAGUGGAAAAUCCAAUAUCCUUGACUCAAUAUGUUUUGUCAUGGGCAUUACAUCGCUCUCUCAAGUUCGUGCUCAAGCGUUAUCGGAUUUCAUCUAUAAACAAGGUACUGCUGGUGUUACACGAGCGAGUGUUUCCAUCAUGUUCGAUAACCGAAAUAAAGAGCAAGCCCCUGAUGGUUACAAAAUGUUUGAUGAAUUGACUGUUACACGUAUUGUUGAAUCAAACAAGUCGAAAUAUUUGUUAAACGGAAAAAAUGCUACGCAAUCAGCGAUACAUGAUCUAUUCAAAUCGGUUUCGUUGAAUGUGAACAAUCCACGCUUUCUCAUCUUACAAGGUCAAGUGACGAAAGUGUCCAAAUCCAAGCCGCAAGAAAUUCUUGGUCUCAUCGAAGAAGCUGCUGGUACACGUAUGUACGAUCAAAAGAAAGCUGAAGCUUUGAAAACGAUCGCUAAAAAAGAUGAUAAAUUAAAAGAAAUUCGUACAACGAUCGAUACUGAUAUUACACCAACGAUUAAUAAAUUGCAACAAGAUGAACAAAACUAUAAAAUGUAUACUGAGUUGAAAAAACGUUAUAAAUUAGUUAACGAUCAAUUGAUUGCUUACGAAUACUGGCAAUUGAUAACAUCGGUUAAACAAACAGAAAUCGAUGUAGAAAAUAUGGAAUUACAAACUAGUGAAUAUCAAGAACGAAAUGGUGAUAUAACAGAAGAGAUUCAACAAAUUCAUGCUGAAGUGAAAAGUAUUGAGAAAGAGAGAAACGAAAAUGUUGGCAAUGAAGUAUCAGAAUUACAAACAGUUUAUGAUAAAGAACUGGUCGAACUUCGCAAUGCAACGAAUGAAAACGAUCGACUGUCGAAACAAUUGACUCAGUACAAACAACAGUUGUCGGAUUCAGAACAACAACACAAACAAUUGACAAACUCGAUUGAACAAUUAGAGAAAGAUAUCGAUUCCAGUCGUGAACAACUAGCUGAGUCAGAUAAAAAAGUUCUUACAGAUGCCGAACAUGUAAAACAACUACAACGGCGUCAUGAAGCUGUUAGCACGGGUACAGCUGUGGUUGAAAGUAGUUCACAAGCAGUUGUUGGACCCAAUGAUGAUAGUCGUUUGACAAAUAAAGAAAAAUUGGACAAAUACAAAGAACAACGUGGAGAGAUUGCAACAAAAAUCAAACAAUUACAACAACGAAUUGAUCAUUCCGCUGGUGAAUUAAAAAAACUACGCACCGAACAGAAAUCAGUGACAUCAAAACAAGGCACCUAUUCUUCGAUGCGUAGUGAAUUUGAUAAGAAGAAAGGCAUUUUAACUCAAUGUGAAAAAGAUCUAGCUAAGUUACAAUUUGAUGUUGAACGCCUGAAACAAAUUCGCGCCGAUGUUCGAGCCGAUGAUGAAAAUAUGGCACGCGAUCAAAAUCGUCUGCAACAAAUGAAACGUCAAAAUCAUCAAUUAGACUUUCAAUACACAAAUCCAACACCAAAUUUCGAUCGAGUCAAACAUGUUCAUGGUUUAGUAGCAACAUUAUUCAACAUAAAUGACAAAAAGUAUGCUCAGGCAUUAGAAUUAACAGCCGGUGGUAAACUGUUCAACGUUGUUGUUGACACUGAUGAAACAAGUAAACUUUUGUUUAAAUAUGGUGAUCUAAAAAAGCGUAUUACAUUCGUUCCAUUGAAUCGAAUAACAUCAAAUUUAAUUCCAAAGAAUAAAAUCGAAGCAGCACGACGCGAACUUGGCGAUCCAAAUGCGAUCUUUUUAGCAAAGGAUCUCGUCAAUUACAAUCAUUCGAAAUAUGAAACCUUGAUGAAUUACGUAUUUGGUUCGACGGUUAUUUGUGCGAACUCAACUAUAGCUCAACGAGUGGCGUUCGACGAGAAACUAGGUUUAAAUGCCAUGGCAAUCACACUUGAUGGUGAUGUUUACAAUCCAGCUGGUAUUCUGUCCGGCGGUGAUCGCGGCGGAGCGAAUCGUGGACCAACAUUACUUGAGAUUGUCGCGGAAAUGAACCAAUUGGAAGAACAUAUUCGGCAGUACAAUACGAAUAAUCGACAAGAGUUAACGAAACUCGAACGUGACUAUGUGCAGUAUCAGAAUUUUCAACAACAAAUUGACUCGUUGACCAACGAACUGCAGUUAUUGGAAUUGAAGUUGGCACAAAACGAUGAGCAUCGAUUACAAACAGAUAUCAAUACGUUAGAACAACAAGAAAUCAGUAACAAGAAAGAAUUGGAAGAACAACGGCAAGAAGAGAAGAAUCUUACAGAAAAAAUCAAUGAAUUGGAAAGAUUAUUCAAGAAUGAAGGCGAAGCCAAGAAAAAGGAGUUAGCAGAAAUCGAACAAUUGAUGAAAAAAGCUGAAAAACAGGUCGAGUCAAGUCGAAAACGUUCGAGAGAUAUGCAGACGCAAAUCAAAGAUUUGGAAAUGCAAUUGGAUACUCAACGAACUGAACUUGAAACAUUGACUUCGGACAUGAAUACUCUGCGAGGAACGAUAGAAACGUGUACACAGUCGUCGAAUGAGUCGACCAAUGCAUUGGCAGAGAAGCAAAGUGAAGUCGAUAAGUUAUUAUCGAAUUUGCAAAUGAAACGUUCGCGUUUAACUGAAUACAACAAUCGUAUUCAUUCUUUGCAUCAGAAAGAACAACAAUUAAUCAAGGAACGUCGUGAAAUCGAAUUACAAUUAGAAAAGAAUAAACAUUCCAUUGUUGAUUUACAAAAUAUCGUCAAAGAAUCGGUUCGACGACGACAACUAAUUAUCGAAAAGCACGGUCGAUGGAUUGAAGAAGAAAAAGAGAAGUUUGGUGUACCUGGCGGACAAUACGAUUUCGCUUCAAUGAACAUCGCCAGAAUGCAAAAGGAUGCCAAGGACGACAAAGAAAAAGUCACGAAGAUGAGUAAACAUGUCGACGAACGAGCAAUGACCUUAUUAGAACAAAAACGAGCAAUGUACAAACAGCUAUUAACUAAGCAAAAGAAAGUAUUGAAGGAUAAAGCGAAUAUUGAACGUGUCGUUGCUGAAUGGGACAAGAAGAAGCAAGAAGCUCUACGAAUUGCUUGGCAGCGUGUAAAUAAAUCCUUCGGUGAAAUAUUUUCCACAUUACUUCAUAAUGCCAAUGCAAAAUUAACAUCUCUUAAUGGCCACUAUGAUGCCGACCGAGCUCCCAAGGAUUUGGUAUUAACUGGUUUAGAAAUCAAAGUUCAAUUCGGCUCAUUGUGGAAGGAAACAUUAGAUGAGUUAAGUGGUGGUCAACGUUCAUUAGCUGGUCUCUCACUAGUUCUCGCUUUACUUCAAUAUAGUCCAGCUCCAUUGUACAUUCUCGAUGAAGUUGAUGCUGCUUUAGAUAUGUCUCAUACGCAAAACAUUGGUUUAGUUAUACGAAAAAGUUUUCGCAAUGCACAAUUUAUUAUUGUUUCAUUAAAAGAUGGAAUGUUUUCCAAUGCCAAUGUGUUAUUUACAACGAAAUUCGUCAAUGGAAUCUCGACAGUGUCUCGGGCAGAAAAUGUUCCAAAUAAGAAAACAAAAGAAAAAUAA